CAUGACAGAAAACUGGCAGAAUGUUUUUUUUUCCAUGUAUGUUUCCUUUGGUCUGACUAAAAAAAAGUUACUGAAUAGGGAAGAGAAAUUUCCAUUCUUCUUCAUGCCUACUGAAUCUGAAUGUUCCGUCCCCACCCAGAGGACCGCAGCUCAUCCACAGGCAUAGAAAUGAACGGGGAGCAGCGUGAGGAUUCUUGAAACGUCUCCAGAUAGGAAAAGGAAAUGUGGUGAAGCCCUCUGUAGGCUGAUAUCCUCAGGAGCUCAGAAAGGUUGAAUGAAGAGUCAUGGACUGUGAACUCAAAAAUGGAGGCACGCUGCAUUAAUUUUUUGUCCUGCUGGCACUUGUGCACUGAAAGCUCUUUGACAACUCAAGUGUGCAGUACAAUGCUGUGGAUACAAAUCCUUUAUCUGUGUAUGUUAUGCAGCCCAUCUGGAACAAAAUUAUUAAGAUAGUGCCUUUGUGGAUUGCUCCCAACCUGCUAACAUUCUCUGGAUUUGUCAUGAUUUUAGUUAAUUAUUUUCUAAUAUCUUUUUAUGACUGGGACUACACUGCCUCAGGUACCAGUCCUGGACUUGUUCCAACCUGGGUGUGGCUGUUCAGUGCUUUUACCACCUUUUGUGCUUAUGCUUUAGACUCCAUAGAUGGGAAACAUGCUCGAAGGACUCAGUCCAGCAGUCCUCUGGGAGAACUAUUUGACCAUGGGCUGGAUAGCUGGGCUACCUCCAUUUUUGUGCUCUCUUUUUUUUCCGUCUGUUCCCGUGACAAUGGGAAGACCGGAGUUUCUGUAUAUACAAUGUAUAUAUAUUUAAGCAUUGUCUUGUUUAACUUUAUGUGUUCACACUGGGAGAAAUAUAACACGGGAGUUCUUUUUCUUCCUUGGGGAUACGAUCUAAGCCAAGUGGUCUUAAUAGCAGCAUAUCUGCUCACUGGUCUUGUUGGUGUGGAAGUUUGGCAGAAGCCUUUGCUGUUUGGUUAUUACAUUACAGAUGUAUUAGUAAUCUUGCUUAUAGGCUUCAGUUUACUUCUUUCGUUUCCACAAACACUAUACAACAUUCACAGAGCACAUCUAAAGAAAACACUGAAGAAUGGUUCUUUGUAUGAAGGACUCCUACCUCUCGUGUCACCUCUGUUGCUAUUCGUUCUUCUUACAGUCUGGGUGGUUUUAUCUCCAGGCAACAUAUUAGCAAAGCAACCAAGAUUGUUUUUAUGGAUGGUUGGGGUUACUUUCUCAAAUGUUAUUUGCAAAGUCAUCGUCUGCCAGAUGAGCAGCACCCGGCCCGAGCUGCUCCACUGGUUCCUGUUCCCCUUGGCGCUGGUGGUCUACGCAGCCAUCUCGGGGCUGCUGGGCUGGGCAGAAGAAGCGGUGCUGGCCGCGUUCACCACGCUGGUCACGGCAGCUCAUGUGCACUACGGCAUCUGCGUGGGGAGGCAGCUGAGUGAACACUUCAACAUUUACAUCUUUUCCCUGAAGAAACGCGUCCAAGAAUGAACACCUGCACUAUGGUCAGACUGUAACACUUGACAUGGAGAUUUCCAGCUCUUUUGAUGUGAUAAAUAGUGGAAUUAAUCUGAUUAAGAUAACCAAAGAAUAGAAUAGUCCAGAUACUCGAACAACUGCGACAACGAGCUAUGCAGCAAGAUGCUUCAUCUCAGAGGAAAAGUCCUGUCCAGCAGAGACGUGUUUACCAAGUUGUGCUGCUGCUAAUAUUUAUUCUCUUUCCUAAUGCCAUGUCACCUUCUCUGAAGCUUUCGUCUUCCUCCUCCUUGCCACUGUGCCCACAGCCCUUGAUAAAGCUUUGCUGGGUUACGUGGGAUCCUUGGUGUUUUAUAACCAGAACUGGCUUUGCCCAGGCUCUUCACCACUGAGACCCUGGCAAUGCAAACCCACCCACCACGUCCUUCCCACUCAGACAUCUGUGCCUGCUGCAGUUUCCAUAUUCGUUUUCUCACAACUCAUUUCUUCCACGCAGUCUCCUGAAGGGCUUACGCACAUUCAGUCUUUUCUUCACCUCAGAUGAAUGUGUGAAGAGAAAGAGAUCAGAAAGCUAUGGGCACACUGAAGUAUUUUUGAAAUGCAGGAUCCCUCCCCCCCCAGCAUUAAGAUGAAAUUCAGCUGACCUGUAUCCGUCCAAAAUGCAGGCUCCAUACCGGAGGCGCUUGCUUUUAUACUUAUUUUCUAUGCAGUAACAAGCACAUUGUUGAUAUUUUAAGUAGCAACAAGCAAUAUGCCCUACAAAGGUAACCAGCUGAGAAUAAAUUUGGCCAACAAAUGCUUGAAUAUGCUCAAAUUUCACUGCAAAGCACACAGCUUUCUAAACCGUGAAACGAGCAGUGAAAAAUGAGCCAGCCAUGCACAUUCUAAAUAUUUUUGAACCUUGUCUAUCAGUGCAAAAUGCUAAGCAAACAAUUAUUUGCCUGUGUUCUUGAAACAAAUUUUUGUGGUUUCAGAUAAUGACAAAAAACCAACAAACAAAAAAACCCAACCAAAUCAAACAAGAGCUUUUUUUUUUUUUUUUUGACAUUACACAUUUGCAUGCAGAUGUAAACUGCUCUCUCCAUCUAUAAUAUAUGUGGGCUUUCUGUGUGCCUUGGAGGAAGAAGGAGGAAUUUGAGUUUCAUCUCUUUUCAUAUGCUGCCCUAGCCAAAGGGACUUUGUGGCCUUGAAGCACUAAUGAAACAAUCUGUCCGCUUUCCCCAAGGUAAGCAUUUUAUUACAUCUCUUGCACAGAGGGGUGAGAUUGACUGACUGGCAUGUUUAUUAAACUGUUAAGUAUCUCACUUGCCAGAAGCAGGGCAGAAACAUAGGUGUUGAGCCACUAAACUUCAGGUUCACCAUUUUCAAUUUGUAGACUUUUUUUUUUCUUUUUUUUUUUUUCCUUUUUCUGGCUUUAUCACUGGCCUGAUGACGUUUUCCCCAGUUAACAUCCUCGUACAUCAGUAAGAGCACUACAGUUUUUGGAUGACCACUGACUAGCCAUAUCUUCCACCUGUGUAUUAUGUGAACAGCCUCAGUUUAGGGUUGCCUGUCACAGUAGUUGGCCUAUCACGAUGUUGGUAGGGCAGACUUCCCCCAGCAGCAGCUACGAGUGUGAGGCAGGCCUGCACCAAGCAAUCUCACCGCUUGCUGAAGUAUUAAUUCAGACAGAAGAUAUGCUGGUAUAAAAGUCUGACCUACUUCAAUAUUUUUAACCUGUCCAUCAAAAGCAUCUGGAGGAAGUCCUGACAAGAAAAGAAUAAGAAUACAACAAAAAUACCUCUGGCUUGCAAGUGGUUGUACUGGAGGAACUCCGCGGACAGGCUUUCCUUUUCCCUCUAUUUUGCACUUACUUAUAAAACCAGUUGGAAAUAAGGGGCACAAAAGCUGCACAAUUUGAUACACUGUAAUGGAGUAUUUUGAAGUACUGCAUUAAAUGAAAUUAUAAAACUUGAACUGCCACAAGCUGCCUGCACUCGUACCUUUCUACAGUGUCUAUAGCAUCACUUUAAAAGGAAAUUAAGCUCCGGACAGCUUUUUUGUAUUCCACAUGAAGACAUGGCAAACUUUUUUGUUUUCCUUUUGAAAGUAACUUGUCACUACAAUCUCUAUAAAGACAAGUAUAAACAGAUCAUGUAACGCACUGUGUACAUAUCGAAUUGUUAGCCACCUCAGGUGGUAACUGGUUCAAUGAAAGGGAAUAAAAACACUUUGUUCAUACAGCA